AUGUUCUCGAACGGCGCCCCUCACGGCUCCCGCCUCCAAUCAUCCCCACACGACGGCACCGCUCCUUCCUCCUCCUCCAACAACAACAACAGCACUCUCUCUACCGCCUCAACUUUGCCCUCAGCUUCCUCCUCUUCCUCCUCUUCCUCUCGCCUGUCCCAGAUCUCAUCGCACAUCAUGGGCUCGACUGCCGGCGCCUCUGUCUUCACCACCGCCCAGGUGGCCCAGGCCCCCGAGGACCCUCUCUUUGGCCUGAUGCGCGCCUAUCGCCAGGACUCGUCUGACAAGAAGGUCGACCUGGGCAUUGGCGCCUACCGCGACGACAACGCAAAGCCGUGGAUUCUGCCUGUUGUGCAAAAGGCCGACGCAAUCCUGCACAACGACCCCAACCUCGACCACGAGUAUCUGCCUAUUUCUGGCCUGGCCAACUUCACGGCCGCUGCGCAGAAACUGAUUCUGGGCGCUGACAGCCCGGCCAUCCAGGAAAAUCGGGCCACCUCGCUGCAAACCAUCUCAGGCACCGGGGCCGUCCAUCUGGGCGCGCUCUUCCUGGCCAAAUUCCACCCGCGCCGCCCGACAGUGUAUCUGUCGAACCCGACAUGGGCAAAUCACAACCAGAUCUUUACUAAUGUCGGGCUCGCCAUCGACAAGUACCCGUACUUUUCCGCGCAGACCAAGGGGCUCGAUAUUGACGGCAUGUUGUCCGCCCUGCACGCCGCCCCCGCGGGAUCCAUCAUCGUGCUGCACGCCUGCGCCCACAACCCCACCGGCGUCGACCCGACCCAGGACCAGUGGAAGCAGAUCGCCUCCGUGAUCCGCGAGCGCGGCCAUUUCCCUUUCUUCGACUGCGCUUACCAGGGCUUUGCGUCGGGCGACCUGGCGCGCGACGCCUGGGCCAUUCGCUAUUUCGUCCAGCAAGGCUUUGAGACGUGCGUUGCCCAGUCGUUUGCCAAGAAUUUUGGUCUGUAUGGCGAGCGCGCCGGCGCCUUUCAUUUCGUCUCUGCCGCUGGGCCGGAUGCUGCCACGGCCAACCGGAACAUCGCCAGUCAGCUGGCCAUCCUGCAGCGCUCGGAGAUUUCGAAUCCGCCCGCGUAUGGCUCGCGUAUUGCCAGCAUUGUGCUGAAUGACCCGGCCCUGUAUGCCCAGUGGGAGCAGGACCUCAAGACCAUGAGCGGUCGAAUUAUCGAGAUGCGUCGCGGCUUGCAGCAGCGGCUCGAGGCCAAGGGCACGCCGGGCUCGUGGAACCACAUCACCAGCCAGAUUGGCAUGUUUAGUUUUACGGGGCUGAACGAGCAGCAGGUGCAGACUCUGCGGGAGAAGUGGCACAUCUAUAUGACCAAGAACGGCCGUAUAUCCAUGGCGGGCCUCAACACUCACAACAUUGAUUAUUUCGCCGAGGCGUUGGAUCAAACAGUGCGCGAGACUUCCUAG